GGCUGACAUCAUAUCCCAGUGAUGCGAUCAGUAUAUCUGUUAUAAGUCGGCCCACGAAGCCAAUCCUCUCUCUAAAUCACACAGAAGAUCUAAUUGUGAAGGGCGAGUCCGUGGAACUGAGAUGCGCCGUUAAAUUUUAUGCUUCUUCUACGAGAUAUUAUUUAUACAAGAGUGAACUCCAAACAUUCGAUUUUCAAUAUCGUACUGAAAAGGAUCGACAUUUCAUGACGUUUCUGAUUACACCAAGCGCCACUGACUAUUACACCUGCGUCGUUGCAGUGUACGUGCUGGGACACUGGGAAUAUUCAGAACACAGUGACAGAAUGAAUGUCUCAAUAAUCGAUCGCCCACGGAAGCCGACAAUCAGUACAAAUUGGAAUGGAAAUGCGCUUCUCAAAGGGGAGACUAUCCAGCUGAAAUGCGAAACUGAAAGUCAGUAUUACGUUCGCAAUUUUGCUUUGUACAAAGGCAAAGACGGACACUUGGAGAAGAGCAUACGUGUUGACUUUGGUUACAAUACUGUCGCGUUUGAAACUUCAGUCAAUCACUCAGAAAUCUACUGGUGCGCCUACCAAGCGGUAAUAUCAGGGCACAUGAUAGACUCAGAGAGAAGUAGAAGCUUGUAUGUACCCGUAGUUGGUCCUCUCAAGAAACCAGAGAUUUUCCUGAACGAAAAUUUCCCUAUAUAUAUAAAAGGGGAGAUGUUGCUACUAACAUGCAAAGCACCAGUGCGGGGACCAAACAGAACAUUUCACAUCUACAGUGUAAAUAAGACAUUUCCAAAUACAACAUCUCGCAUCAUCGAGGGGACACUUUCGGUAACCUUGGACCUAACAGGGGUGUUGCAUGCCGGGAAGGAAAUCUACAGAUGUCUUUAUAAAACAAUGGUCCGAGGACGUCAGAUUGACUCGGAGCAAAGUGAUCCAUUGGUAAUAAGUGUAACAGAUCGUCCGUUAAAACCAAUAAUUGCGCUGGAAAGUGAUGACCCGAUGACAGGGAGGGAACAAAAUCGCAGUGUUCGUUGCACAGCUCCCCAACAUUACACUGUUAAUAAGUUUUAUUUAUACACAAAUUAUGGAAAACAAUCUUAUAAAUAUAGCAAAUCAAACGGGUUACAUUCCGCAACAUUCAACCUCACGGAGCCCCUUUUAAAUUGGAACGUCGAAUAUCUUACCUGUCAAUAUGAGGUAUGGAUAUCCGGUCGAUCAAUAGUUUCAGAGAUCAGUGAUCGUCUGUUUUUCAUCCGAUCAGAUUCAAUUUUCGAAUGGCAUUCCUGGCAAUUCAUGCUUUCCGUGGGAGCAGCGGUGCUUCUGUUUAUGAUCGCCGUCCUUGUGUCUGUUACCGUGGCGAGAAAGAAGAGAGGUAAAUGCGCGUUCUCUGAUUCACAGUCCGAAUAA